UGCCAACUGCCAUCUUCCUGGAUCAGGUUCCGCGAGCUUCGAAAAAUGCAUCACUGUCAUCACACGCACGCCGUAUGUACAGCCUGCCUUCUGCCGCCCCACCCGUGGGUCCUCGACAACUACUAGGCUGAAGAGCAUCCUUCACGAUGACAGAGACCGAGAAAUUGCCCAAUGUCUCAACUCAGACUCUCGAGGUCGAGCUAGGACAGCGAGGCGAAGAUCGUUCUGUAACUGUUCAACCGGCCGCUCUCACCUUUGAUUCAGGCGCGAAGGCGUGGUGCAACCUCAUCGGAGGUUGGUGUGCAUUAUUUGCAACUUUUGGGUACACGAACGCCUUUGGCGUGUACCAGGAUUUUUACACCCGCUCUGAUACCGCCUCUGCCUCUGCCAUUAGCUGGAUCGGCUCGACACAGGUCUUUCUCCUCACCUCUCUGGGUCUCAUCUCUGGAAAACUUCUUGAUCAUGGAUACUUCCGUCACACAAUAUUCGCUGGUUCUGUGCUAUAUGUCUUUUCAUUAUUCAUGCUCUCAAUUGCGGACACAUCAGUCUAUUACCAGCUUUUCCUUGCUCAAGGUGUUGGCAUGGGUUUAGGUGGUGGACUUAUCUACAUACCAUGCGUAGCUAUCCAAUCGCAUCAUUGGCGUGCGCGACGUGCCAUGGCCAUUGGAAUAGUCUUCACCGGCUCAUCCCUCGGCGGUAUCGUCUUUCCCAUAAUGCUCAACCAACUACUAUCCGAGGGCACGAGCUUUGGUUGGAGCGUGCGCGCCACUGCGUUUGUAGUGCUGGGACUGCUGGCGCUCGUGAACAUCCUUAUGUCGCCUCGAGCCGAAAUGUUAGUUCGCAGUGAAGCUCAUCUUGCGGAUCUCAAGGCUGUGAUCACGGAUGUACCAUAUAUGUUGACGAUCUUCGGCGCCUUCUGUGGCAUGUUAGGCAUAUUCUAUCCCUACUUCUACACGCAGUUGUUCGCUAUAACACACGGUGUCGAUAGCAAUGUCGCAUUCUAUACCAUUGCAAUGUUGAAUGCAGGUUCGAUCCCCGGACGAGUACUUCCAGGCAUACUUGCACACCGCCUCGGCACGUUCAACUUUCUCAUAUUCAGCACUGCUGCAAUGGCCGUUGUCAUUUUCGCACUCUUCGGAAUCAGUAGUGUCGGCGGCAUCGUAGUGUUCGCCAUUCUAGCCGGUUUAUUCUCUGGUGCAUACUUCUCGCUCCUUGCUGCAGCAAUGGCUUCAUUCGCUCGAACACCUGGCGAAGCGGGCCUUCGCAUGGGUCUUUCAUUCGCCCUCGCGGCGCUAGGCCUGCUCACAGGAACACCCAUCAUCGGAGCGCUCUUGGGUAGUAACCUCGUCUGGUCCAAGACGAUCAUAUUCAGUGGUGUGACCGUCGUGGCCGGGUUGAUCGUCUUCGUAUUGUCGAGACAGAUUGUCGCACAUCGUAAAGCUUCUCAGAUUGUCUGAUCCUGAUCCUGGUCGAAUCUAAAUGUCAUGCUACCCUUAGUAUCGUCUUAAACUAAACUUUCGAGAAAUUCUAGGUAGCACCAUUAUCGUAUUAAUUUUUGCGUUCGGUUGCUGUGUUGACAUUCGACGCUCCUAUGAUUAAUAUUUAUACGUACCUGUAUCAUUAGAAGGAUGAAUAUACACUUAUUUGACGAGCU